CGUCUAUCAUAUUCUCUGGUGGAUGGUUAUCAUCACUAGAUGUUGCCAGAACGACAGCAGCCCCAGCACUUCUCAGAGCAACAUCAAACAUUCUGCUUCUGUUUCUCAGCUGUCAAAAGUAUUUUGUGUGGCUGCGCAUGUGCGGAAAACAAUUUCCGGUGGAGUCGAAAUUUAGAUUUUACCACAGGUGCGCGAAAGUUUGAAGAGGAAAAUCGGAGAAUAAGUACUGAAAGUUGGCUAGCUAGGAUCAUGCCAGGUAUCAACUAUGGUGGGUUGUUGGGGAAUCCGAGGUUUGAGAGUGAAUCAGCUAGACAUGCAGUCACCACACCCAUCUCACUGCUGAAACUCGUUAUACACUAUGUUUCUCAGCAUCUUGAACUUGUGGAAUCAUUGGUGGGUUUUCCAGAAAUAGUUGGUGAACUGAUCUUCAGAGCAGCAGAAACCAGUUGUAAAUUUUAUUAUCAAGAUGAUGAGUACCAUGACUGUCUGCAAAGACUUAAACUGUUCACACAAGCUUACGGGGAAGUUGUCCUUUCUAAGUUGAGUAUGAGUGGGAGAUGGUCAAGUCUUGAACUCUAUAAAGACCAUAUACAGAUUUUCCGACACCUGACUGAGCUGGAGCUGGCAGAGUGUGGACUAGGAGAUGACGAUGAGCUAUUACCACACAUCGGCCAGCAUCUCCCGCAGUUAAAAUGUCUGUCUCUGAGACAUAACAAGCUGACUGACAAGGGACUAGUGAAGUUGACUACACCUUACAGAGUGAUGGGGGCAGGUCCGAGGAAGCUUGCACUGCUCAACUUAUCAGAUAAUCAAGAAAUUACUGGUACUGGUGUCCUUAAGUACUUGUCUGCUUUCCAGGAUUUAAGUGAGAUCAAUAUCACAGGAACAUCAGUAAAGAGAAAUGAGGCAUUGUUGAAGACCUGGAAGUUUGACAUUAAGAAGGGGAGCAGUAUUGGUCCCGAGGUGACCAGUUUUGGAUGGGCUAGUGAUGUUGUGGACAAGUGGGCAGCACAAGCUGAGCAGUCCCUCUUGUUAGCAGAUAAUGAUAAAACGGCCACGCAGAAGUUCUAUUCAAAUAAGAGGAUGAAAGAGGUGAAGUCUUCCAAAUUAAAGGGAACUUUUAAGAAGACGGUCAGUGGAUAUAAUAUUGUACUCUCCAGGCUAAAAGAGGGAGUCACCAUUUCUAAAGAGGCAUCAGCAUGUCAUAAAUUUCCGCAAAGAAAAGAUGGAAUCAGCGAAUUUGAGCAAAGAGCACAUCAGCACCCUGCUAAACGGGGUCAUUUUAGUAGCGAAUCGAACAGUAGUGAUGAUACCGAACUUACAAGUGAUUCAGAUACAACAGGGUCAGGCAGAAUCUGCAGAGAUUCAACAAUACAGGACUCUGAAAUGAUGCUUGGGUAUCUAAAUACAUUCAAAUCUGUCAACCUUCACACAUUCCCAUCUGAAGAAAUUUCCAAAGAUGAACAAGUAAGAAAAGAAAAGACAGCUUCGGAUUUACAUGUAGCUAAACGCAGGAAAAUUAACAUUUGUAGGCAAAGGCCUACCGAUAAGUCCAAUGAUGAUCAGGAAUCCAAAUGCGAUGAAUUGGAUCAAGAGCACUUACUGAAAGGGAUUGAUAAAGAAAGUGUCAAAAAUGUUCCUCAAAUCACACAGCCAACUACGUUUACAACCAAAACUUUUAAUACAGAAAUGACAAACAAUGAUCUACAAAUUAUGAUGGGUUACUUGGGAUCAAACACAGCGACAACUGGGGAUGAUAAAGGACCCGUCACACAGGGGAUCUUUGGCCAUGAAUUGCCUGUUAAACAAGAGGCUAAGCUGAGGUUCUUUGACAAAGGAGAAGCAGAACUGAUGGAGAGAAGCACAAAGGACUCCGUCAGAUUGCUAAACAGGAAAAAGUCUCUGUGGAAACAGAUUAACAGGAACAUACCAUAAUAUCUCCAGUUAGUGUACUUGAUAUGUUUAGGCUAUUUAUUGACUUUAUGAUCACCUUAGUUUUUACUUUAUGAUCACUAUAGUUCUGUGCGAGUGUAAACAUCAUGGCACUCGAUAAAAAAUAUAAAAUUGUAAUAAUCAUUUUAUUUUUAUAGUACUUUUUGCUGCAAUUCAAGUGUAUUUGAUUGCUUGAUUUUGUAAAAAAAAAGAAGACACAUUUCAAUGUCUUGCACAUUCUGAAGGGCAUUUUGUAAAUUUUCUCAAUUUUCGAACUCUUUUAGCUCACCAUUGGUCUGAAGGAGUGGUGGACAGCUUGAAAACUGGGGAGAAGGACUUUAUUAAUUCCGGAGGUCAUAAUUUAUAAAAUAGUUUCUCUUCCAGAAGAUGCGUGAUUAUAUAGACCAUAUUUUGUUGAAAGGAUCUAAAAAACAUAUAUACAUGUACCUGCUUAUACUUAUUUGGCAUGACAAGACUAGCAGCGCGACUGUUCAGACUCGCUCACUCCAACAUGGUCCGGCUAAGGUCCUGGAGUCAUGACUUUGAAUGGUUUACCAAACAAAUGUUCCAUUAGGGAGGGCAUUGAGCAUAUAAAAGGGAAUACUUUGAAAUGAUACUUUUAAUGUAAAUAUUUUGCUGUUAUCUCACCUGGCACAUAUAGUGUAGCUUCCAUUGUUUUAAAGGACUUCUAAUAACUAAGAGGCCUAGGGUGACGCUACUUGGCUAGAGGCAAGACAUGAAAGGUUUAAGGGCCAGUUUGCUAAAAUGAAUGACAUUGACCCACUUUUAAGGUCAAAUUUAUCAAAGGACUUUAUAUAUAUUCUUCUGAAUAAUCUUGAGAGGACUGUAGGGCAAUAUAUAGCCAGUCCAUUUAGUAUGGUGGGCUAUCAAGUUUGCACAAAUAUGCGACCUUGAAGGACUUUCAAGGUCAACAUCACGUGUCAAAUUUAUUAAAAUCUUUUUAACAAGCAACAUUUUUGUGAAUAUUCAAGAGCUAGCUAGGCAUGGGGUGAUAUUUGACCAGUAGCAUGCUGGGGUGAACUUCAGGGCUAUCAAGUUUGUAUUGAUUAAUGACCAACUUUCAACACCGAUUAUCUUGUAGCUUCACUGUGCCAAAAUAAAUUACCUAGAUCCACUCUCAUGAUCACAUUUUUUGUGUGUAAAAAUAUGUUAAAAUCUUAUUAGCUUUAAACAGACCCACAAGGUCUAAAAUAUAGAUAAUUUGGUCUGUAAUUGUAGUUUGACCUUGAUUUAUUCUUAAGGUUAAAUAUGUUGAAACUUAAAAAAAGGCCAUAGGUUUUCAUAUUUGGCAUUAAUUUGCUUAACAAAAUUUGAUCAACAAAGUUCAUACCUGACUUAAGUGCAACAAAAUUGCUACUGGUCAAAUAUUUUUCUAGGCCUCUUGGCAAGAGUCAAGAGAGACACAAAUGAUUUGUAGAUAUUAUAAUAGGCAUACUACCAGAUACUGAUUAAAUGCAUGCUGUGAAUGACCAGUGCAAUGUUCAUGCAUUUCCUGUAUUUUGUACUGUAUGUUAUAUAUAGGAUCUUAUAUGAGUUUUCAUUUCAUAUGACCUUUUAUGAAACGAGCCUUUUUUUUUUAGCUAAACAGCCCGAAGGGCAAGGGAGCUUAUGUCAUGGUGCGGCGUCCUUCGUCCGUCAACUU